AUGGAGCACUUGAAUAUAUCUGGCCCAGUGAUCAGCAAGGAAGAUGCCGGAAUUCCGGACCACUCGGUCUGUGAGGUGUCUGGAGAUAUUAUUGCAGCUUCUGAUGAAAAUUUGCUAAAACAAUUAAGUCAGUGCCAGCACUUUACUCCAGACCAAAUUCAAGCAAUUCAAGCAAUCUUCAGCAGUGGAAAUACUUCAUUUGGACCUCCUUCUACGUGGACAUCUUCUGUUCUGGAUGAACUAGGUCAUCUGAUCCUAAUCCUGGGUCCCAGCAUUCUGCAAGCCAUUCCUAAGAGUGUUUUGAUGCCAUGGUUACAAAAGGCCUUUCUCCGUUCUGAUCUGCCACUAGAUCAGCUGGUCCAAAUUCGGGAAAGCCUUAAAUCCUCCAGGCGAAAGCGCGCCCCUGCGGAGUGCCCAGAGGACAAAACCAUCACAGAGGAGGUGCUAAACGAUGAACUUUUAUUUUAUACCACUGAGGAGUUAAAAUCGUGCUUGACUAAGGAAAUCCUACAGAAUAAUCUUAGUUUGUUCUCCGAAUACCCCUUCACGACUGAGCAAUUGAAGGCAGUCAUAGAAAAGCUGGAUGAGAUAUUUCCCACGGAAUAUCCUCCUUCUGUAGUCAGUAACCUUGGAAUCCUUUUUGAACUAAUGGAUCAAAGCAACAUCAAGAAAUGGACUAUUGAUUCGCCAAGCACACUUCGUGCUUUGUUGGAUUCUGUGUCCAGUGAUGAACAGAGGAUCUCAAUUAUUCGUCAUUACAAUGAUUUGGGAAACCAAAUUGAUCACCAUUUUCUGAAGGCCCUUGGGCCAUACAUCUGUCUCCUGAAUGAGGACCAGCUCCGCAUGAUAUCUGAAGACAGCAUUAAGAUGGUCACCACCCUUGAUCCAUCGAAUUGCUCCCAAGCCAUCAAGGAUAAUCUGUACCCCAAAGCCAAGCGGGCUUUCUCAGAUCUUCACUACAAAUACCUUGAAUAUUAUGACCGGAUCAGGCCAUUUCUGGGAGGUGCUCCAGGUGAUGAUCUCAGGGCACUUAGCAAAAACGACAUCAACAUGGACAUUAACACUUUUUUGGGCCUGAAAAACAUCUCUCUAAAG